GCCGCGGCCGGGCGCCCCGGCCUCGCCGCCGCCGCCUUCCCCGGCUUCCUCCCCGGUCACCCCCGGCCCCUGCCCAUCGCCUCGGGGGCGUCGCGCCCAGAGCCCAGCUGCGUGUGGGAAGCAGAGUGUAGUUUGCGGGCUUCAAUCCACUUCCUUCUGCCGAUUGUUUUCCCGUAGCAGACGGUGCCAGCACCAGCAGACGUUUUUGAAUCAACUGAGAGAAAUUACGGGGAUUAAUGACACCCAGAUACUACAGCAAGCCUUGAAGGAUAGUAAUGGAAACUUGGAAUUAGCAGUGGCUUUCCUUACUGCGAAGAAUGCUAAGACCCCUCAGCAGGAGGAGACAACUUACUACCAAACAGCACUUCCUGGCAAUGAUAGAUAUAUCAGUGUGGGAAGCCAAGCAGAUACAAGGAUUGGAGGCUCAAAUUCCCAGCUGUGGUACAGGUGUGCCUAUAUGCUGAACCCUCCGCUAUUGGAGAUGCCAGGAGAGGCUGGAGUGGCUGGGGCCAUUUAAUAUGGUCGUUCUAGCCAGAAGCAGCUUUAUCCUUUUACACCCAUGUGAGGUACAAGAUAUGCGAGGAUGCAAGGGCAAGGAAGAUGUGAUUGAUCUCACUGGAGAUGAUAAAGAUGAUCUUCAGAGAGCAAUUGCCUUGAGUUUGGCCGAAUCAAACAGGGCAUUCAGGGAGACUGGAAUAACUGAUGAGGAACAAGCCAUUAGCAGAGUUCUUGAAGCCAGCAUAGCAGAGAAUAAAGCAUGUUUGAAGAGGACACCUACAGAAGUUUGGAGGGAUUCUCGAAACCCUUAUGAUAGAAAAAGACAGGACAAAGUUCCCGUUGGGCUAAAGAAUGUUGGCAAUACUUGUUGGUUUAGUGCUGUUAUUCAGUCAUUAUUUAAUCUUUUGGAAUUUAGAAGAUUAGUUCUGAAUUACAAGCCUCCAUCAAAUGCUCAAGAUUUACCCCGAAACCAAAAGGAACAUCGGAAUUUGCCUUUUAUGCGUGAGCUGAGGUAUCUAUUUGCACUUCUUGUUGGUACCAAAAGGAAGUAUGUUGAUCCAUCAAGAGCAGUUGAAAUUCUUAAGGAUGCUUUCAAAUCAAAUGACUCACAGCAGCAAGAUGUGAGUGAGUUUACACACAAAUUAUUAGAUUGGUUAGAAGAUGCCUUCCAAAUGAAAGCUGAAGAGGAGACGGAUGAAGAGAAGCCAAAGAACCCCAUGGUAGAGUUGUUCUAUGGCAGAUUCCUGGCUGUGGGAGUACUUGAAGGUAAAAAAUUUGAAAACACUGAAAUGUUUGGUCAGUACCCACUUCAGGUCAAUGGGUUCAAAGAUCUGCAUGAGUGCCUAGAAGCUGCAAUGAUUGAAGGAGAAAUUGAGUCUUUACAUUCAGAGAAUUCAGGAAAAUCAGGCCAAGAGCAUUGGUUUACUGAAUUACCACCUGUGUUAACAUUUGAAUUGUCAAGAUUUGAAUUUAAUCAGGCAUUGGGAAGACCAGAAAAAAUUCACAACAAAUUAGAAUUUCCCCAAGUUUUAUAUUUGGACAGAUACAUGCACAGAAACAGAGAAAUAACAAGAAUUAAGAGGGAAGAGAUCAAGAGACUGAAAGAUUACCUCACGGUAUUACAACAAAGGCUAGAAAGAUAUUUAAGCUAUGGUUCCGGUCCCAAACGAUUCCCCUUGGUAGAUGUUCUUCAGUAUGCAUUGGAAUUUGCCUCAAGUAAACCUGUUUGCACUUCUCCUGUUGACGAUAUUGACGCUAGUUCCCCACCUAGUGGUUCCAUACCAUCACAGACAUUACCAAGCACAACAGAACAACAGGGAGCCCUAUCUUCAGAACUGCCAAGCACAUCACCUUCAUCAGUUGCUGCCAUUUCAUCGAGAUCAGUAAUACACAAACCAUUUACUCAGUCCCGGAUACCUCCAGAUUUGCCCAUGCAUCCGGCACCAAGGCACAUAACGGAGGAAGAACUUUCUGUGCUGGAAAGUUGUUUACAUCGCUGGAGGACAGAAAUAGAAAAUGACACCAGAGAUUUGCAGGAAAGCAUAUCCAGAAUCCAUCGAACAAUUGAAUUAAUGUACUCUGACAAAUCUAUGAUACAAGUUCCUUAUCGAUUACAUGCCGUUUUAGUUCAUGAAGGCCAAGCUAAUGCUGGGCACUACUGGGCAUAUAUUUUUGAUCAUCGCGAAAGCAGAUGGAUGAAGUACAAUGAUAUUGCUGUGACAAAAUCAUCAUGGGAAGAGCUAGUGAGGGACUCUUUUGGUGGUUAUAGAAAUGCCAGUGCAUACUGUUUAAUGUACAUAAAUGAUAAGGCACAGUUCCUAAUACAAGAGGAGUUUAAUAAAGAAACUGGGCAGCCCCUUGUUGGUAUAGAAACAUUACCACCGGAUUUGAGAGAUUUUGUUGAGGAAGACAACCAACGAUUUGAAAAAGAACUAGAAGAAUGGGAUGCACAACUUGCCCAGAAAGCUUUGCAGGAAAAGCUUUUAGCGUCUCAGAAAUUGAGAGAGUCAGAGACUUCUGUGACAACAGCACAAGCAGCAGGAGACCCAGAAUAUCUAGAGCAGCCAUCAAGAAGUGAUUUCUCAAAGCACUUGAAAGAAGAAACUAUUCGAAUAAUUACCAAGGCAUCACGUGAGCAUGAAGAUAAAAGUCCUGAAACAGUUUUGCAGUCGAAACCUGAAAAUACUACAAGCCAACCACUUUCUAAUCAGCGAGUUGUAGAGGUGGCGAUCCCUCAUGUAGGGAAAUUUAUGAUUGAAUCAAAGGAGGGGGGGUAUGAUGACGAGAUCAUGAUGACACCGAACAUGCAAGGUAUUAUCAUGGCGAUAGGUAAAUCCAGGAGUGUAUAUGACAGGUGUGGCCCUGAAGCAGGGUUCUUUAAGGCAAUUAAGUUGGAAUAUGCAAGGUUGGUUAAGUUGGCCCAAGAAGAUACCCCACCAGAAACCGAUUAUCGUUUACAUCAUGUAGUGGUCUACUUUAUCCAGAACCAGGCACCAAAGAAAAUUAUUGAGAAAACAUUGCUAGAACAAUUUGGAGAUAGAAAUUUGAGUUUUGAUGAAAGGUGUCACAACAUAAUGAAAGUUGCUCAAGCCAAACUGGAAAUGAUAAAACCUGAAGAAGUAAACUUGGAGGAAUAUGAGGAGUGGCAUCAGGAUUAUAGGAAAUUCAGGGAAACAACUAUGUAUCUCAUAAUUGGGCUAGAAAAUUUUCAAAGAGAAAGUUAUAUAGAUUCCUUGCUGUUCCUCAUCUGUGCUUUUCAGAAUAACAAAGAACUCUUGUCUAAAGGCUUAUACAGAGGACAUGAUGAAGAAUUGAUAUCACAUUAUAGAAGAGAAUGUUUGCUAAAAUUAAAUGAGCAAGCCGCAGAACUCUUCGAAUCUGGAGAGGAUCGAGAAGUAAACAAUGGUCUGAUUAUCAUGAAUGAGUUUAUUGUCCCAUUUUUGCCAUUAUUACUGGUGGAUGAAAUGGAAGAAAAGGAUAUACUAGCUGUAGAAGAUAUGAGAAAUCGAUGGUGUUCCUACCUUGGUCAAGAAAUGGAACCACACCUCCAAGAAAAGCUGACAGAUUUUUUGCCAAAACUGCUUGAUUGUUCUAUGGAGAUUAAAAGUUUCCAUGAGCCACCGAAGUUACCUUCAUAUUCCACGCAUGAACUCUGUGAGCGAUUUGCCCGAAUCAUGUUGUCCCUCAGUCGAACUCCUGCUGAUGGAAGAUAAACUGCACACUUUCCCUGAACACACUGUAUAAACUCUUUUUAGUUCUUAACCCUUGCCUUCCUGUCACAGGGUUUGCUUGUUGCUGCUAUAGUUUUUAACUUUUUUUUUAUUUUAAUAACUGCAAAAGACAAAAUGACUAUGCAGACUUUAGUCAGACUGCAGACAAUAAAGCUGAAAAUCGCAUGGCGCUCAGACAUUUUAACCGGAACUGAUGUAUAAUCACAAAUCUAAUUGAUUUUAUUAUGGCAAAACUAUGCUUUUGCCACCUUCCUGUUACAGUAUUACUUUGCUUUUAUCUUUUCUUUCUCAACAGCUUUCCAUUCAGUCUGGAUCCUUCCAUGACUACAGCCAUUUAAGUGUUCAGCACUGUGUAUGAUACGUAAUAUUUGGUAGCUUGUAAAUGAAAUAAAGAAUAAAGUUUUAUUUAUGGCUA